AAAGUCAACCAUGGCCACUCAGACAUCUCUGAAUUUCUAAUCCACAGAACCUAUGAGCAUAUGAAAUUUUUCUGUUUUAUGUCCCUAGGUCUGGGAUGGUUCAAUACACAGAGCAGAUAACUGGAAUGUCCCUCAUUCACAAAGGACACUGGCCUGCUUUCACAGCCUUCUUCUAGAUCCUUCUAUCCCUUGGGUGACUUCAGUGUCCCCACAAAUAAACUUAGAGCAUUCUUCUCUCCACCUCCCCACACUCAGUGAUGUCUGUGUGGAGGCCCCCUCAGCUGCCCUCUGUCAGUUUACCAAAGGGCCGGGUUUCCUUGAAAUUGUAGACUCCCUGGGAGGGUUUGGGAUAAGGGACAAAUGGAGACCUCAUCUGACCACCCCUUCAAACUCCUGCCUGGGUUGCCCACAGGGAGAACACUGGGCAGAGCUGCAGGUCACAAGGUCACCAUGGCAACCUAUUGUCCAUCAUAAUGGACAUACCUCAGCAGGGUGGGGUGAAGGUGCAUAAAUAGUGGGGCCAUCACCCCACAGCCAACCACUUGCUACUUGGACCCACAGGGCAGGUAUCAGGUGGCUGCUUGCAGGUGCAAGGUAUAUUGAUCAGAGCGUGAGUAGAGCUGAGGUUGGGAGUGCCGAGGACCCUGAGCACGGGAGGAAGCAGAGGAGGUGUUGGCCUGAGGUGGCCUGCAGUUUACGGGGCCCGCCUGGGCCCCCAGGGACUGGGCCGAGGCAAGAACAGCGGCCCCAGGAUGCGGGGCCCCAUGCUGGUGGUCUUCCUGCUGCUGCUGCCGCCAUCUCCGCUCCCGACCACCAGGAGCACCCUCCGCUACCCCACCCAGGACCAAGGUCACGACCCCAGCUCCAGGCUCCAGGAGAGCCCAGCAGAUGGGGAAUCCUGCUGGAGCACUUACGACGUGUACUUCGUCCUAGACUCGUCACACAGUGUAAACAACAACUGGGAGUUCACACAGAGCUUUGUGAAGGAUUUGGUGAACAGAUUUAAAAACCCCAAACAGCGUAUGUCAUUCAUUACCUACUCGACGCAAGGCCACGUCAAUAUGCAGCUGACCUCGGACAGGUAAGUGUUUCAUUGAUCCCCUAAAGCAGACCCAGCGAUCAGGCCACAGGGAGGGCCAGGGAGCAGAGGG